CAAGGCCCAUGGGUUCCAAACCCGAUAACCCAUAAGACCUUCACCGUCGUCUGCAUUAGGGUUUUAUAAUUUCGAGUUCAACAAGAUCUCCAACAAUGGCGUCCAAUCCAGGAAGACAAGUUCUUCAGCGAGUGAGGUCACUCGUCACCUCCACCCGUAAACUCCAAUUCCAAUCUAACACAAUCGGCCUGUCUCCAGAAUCUUUUAAAACCUUUUCCGGCAUCACCGGUCGCCGGAACCCUAGCUUCUUAUCCAGGCUGCCGGUGGAGUUGGGUGGUAUGCAGUCUUUGAUGCCUCUUCAUAGCGUAACUGCUUCGGCAUUGCUUAAGUCGAUGCUGUCUUCGGAAGUCGGCCAGUGGGGUGUUUUAUCUGAAGGAUUCGCUACACCACUAUAACAUGGCCUUCACAUAUCACAAACAUAGGAAGCUGUUACGACAAGUGUCAUUGGGAACCAUCUUGUUAUCAUGUUUCCAAAUAAUUCCCCAGAAACUCAUAUGGGAUUUUUUUUGUAAUGAAAGGUAGGUGAAAUUUCAUUUGUGCUUCGGAUCUUUCGACAUUCUUCAAGAACUAAUUAUCUCAUCCAAAAAACUUGGUUGUUGUACUCUGAUAUAGUUCAUUUAUGUGAAUCUACUACCUUAAAUCCAAGUUAAAAA